AUGCCCAACAUGCUUUCAAGACUUGGAAUGGAUACAAAGGAGCUUUCCUCACAGAUUUGCAAAGGUCCUGUUUAUGUUCCACCACCACGCCCAAGCUAUUCACAAUACCAUCCAUCAUCACCAGACAUAAACAAGACACCACUUUUCCCAAGGGAGAGCUACCAAGCUGCGCGCCAAACCAAGAUUGAAGAGAUGCUUCAAGAGUACUUGAGAAAUCAAGAAGAGAGUACAAAGAAGAUGGAGAGAAGAAUCGAUUUCAUCCAUGAGAGCCUUGGAAACAAAUCUGAAGUCCUAUUCAAGCAAGUGAUCAAGCUUGAUGAAGACAUUAAGAAGUUAAGAGAGGAUCAUGAUCGAUCUUUGACCCUAGUUAAGCUUGAUGUUGCUUCCAAAUAUCAAGAGUUGCUGAACAAGAGCAUGAGAAUUGAAGAUACUAGCUAUGGCAAUAGCAAACAUCUUGGUUCGAUCUACAACCGCCUACAAGCCCUUGAAGGAUCAUCUCAUGCCAAUUACAAGAGAGAGAGGAGUCCAACACCCAACCACCCUCCCUUUUAUUGCAAUGCCAUCACAAGAAGAAGCACUACUCAAGUCCAUGAGGACAAUGAAGAAGAAGAAAGAGAGUAUGAGGAACAAUUGAAUGAUGAAGAUGAAGAGCAGAGCAUCGACAUCAAUGCUUCCCCAAAACAGAGCAUGGAUACACCAAGCCCUAGAGACCCUCGUUUCUCACCAAGAAGUCAAGCUUCUACACUUCCAAGACUGGAAGCAAUGCAAAGACCAUCACCACCUACUGAAGAAGAAGAUACUUGGCAGUAUGAUCCCAUUGAUCCCAACAAGAUAAGCCCCAUGAAGCUUAAAGAGUUCAAUGCUAAGGUGAAAUCACUUCCAUUCUAUGUCACUUUUGAAGAAGCUUGGGAUAAACAUGGUCUAGUGGAGUUCUUUUUCACAACUAGUGAAAACAAAGAAGAGAUACACCAACUUUCAGGAAGGCUCGAUUUCCCAUUGCCCCUCAUGGAGUCAAUCAACCACCAUCACCACCAUCAUCACCACCACCCAAGUGCCAGCAUGUCUUUCAAAGAAGCUUGGCGCCACUACCCAUUCACCCCUUUCUUCCACAACUGCAAGGAGACACCUGAGGACAUAAAAGAGCUUUUUGAGAAAGCUAAAGUUCAGCCACCUUCAAGACCCUCUACAAGAUUGAAGACCCAGGUCAAUUCUCUAUUCCCUGUCAAGUAA